CUUCUCACUAAAGGCCGAAGAGCCCUCCGUUACACUGUUGUUGGCUCACAGGAAAAGAAAUCCCUUUUAAGGGAAAAAAUGAGUUUAAUUUUAUUUGGCAGGUCUCGUGCCAGGCCUCCUGAAUGCAGACUGCUUGCACAGGUUGUCUGAUGAAUGUCUUUCACACACACACACACACACACAAACCUUCAGCACCAGUUGUGGGCCAAAAAUAAACCCCAUUCCUCAGCCAUAUAUGUCCACCGGCCCCGGCCCCCCCUCCCCAGGAGGUAGGUCAGGCCCCCCAGGCUGGGCCCGGCAGCAGGCACACGCUCAGCCCUGCGACUGCUCCCGACAAAGUGCUUUUGUUCCCACCAUGCAUAUAACUCAGCUGAACCGCGAGUGCCUUUUACAUUUAUUUUCCUUCCUGGACAAGGACAGCCGGAAGAACUUAGCCAAGACGUGCUCGCAGCUGCGGGAGGUCUUUCUCGAUCCUCUGCUCUGGCCGCUGCUGCAUUUUAAUUCUCUGGCCGAACUGAAAAAGGACAACUUCCUGGUGAGCCCGGCCCUGCGCUGCCUCUCCAUCCGCUGGCACUCCAGCCAAGUCAAGGUGUGCAACGUGGAAGACUGGAUGAAAAACGCGCUGCAGAGAGGCUUCUGCAGCACUCACGAGCACCUGGCCAGGGACUUGUUAGUGAAAGUUUGCCACAGGUGCCCAAACCUCUUGUCCUUGACGCUCUCCGGCUGUGGCCACGUCACUGAUGAAUGCAUUGCAUUAUUGCUCCAGAGUUGCCCCAACCUGCAGACCCUCAAACUGGAAAAUUGUGUUCGCAUCACCAACCGAAUGCUGGCUGCGGUAACCAUUCACGGGCGCUCACUGAGGACCCUCCAUGUGGACUUCUGUCGCAAUGUGAGCCAAGCGGGUCUGCGGCAGGUCCGAGACCUGUGCCCUUGGCUAGUUCUGAAAGCAGAGAGGAGUGCAGACAUGAUCCCAGACAUGCUCCCUGAAGAAAAGCUAACCCAAGAGCGAGCGGCAAGAAAACUCUUCCAACGCUAGACAGAGUCACCUUCAGGGGCACCAGCUUUUCUCCCCUGCCAGUUUUGAAGCCAGAAACAAUUUCUCCUGGUCUUUGCAAGUCUCUGCCAGAACAGCGGCGUGACAUUCUCAAUGUACCACGUGGAAUAAGGGGCCAGGGAGAUGCUCCUGUGGCUGGGGCCAAGAGUAGAUCCGCCCAUGACCCUGGAUCAGAGAGAAGCUGGAGCAAAGCUAUUGCUGAGGUGGCACCUUGUGCCUCUGGAAGGGGAGUGCCUCAGACUCGCUGACCAGCUCUGUUGCCCUUCCACAACCUCUUGGUCUUCAAAUUCUUUUAUCUACAAAACAAGAAGUUUGAACUAGAUUGUCUUUAAGGUCUCUUUUAACUAGAACAGGCUGGUUUUCCUCAUUUCUUCCCUAAGAUUAGUUGUGUAUAAGGAUUAUGAUUGUGCUGCUUGUGGCUGAUGUUUUCCUAUAAAACAACAGACCCAUUUUGGCAUUUUAAAAUUUGCCAAGAGUUUUACACACGUUACUUCCUUUGAGCCUUGCAACAUCCCUAUGAGGUAGAUACCAGAGGUACCAUCAGGUCCAAAGCCCAGGGAGAUGGGAGUGCCUUGCCCUUGGAGAUAGGAAGAGCAGAUUUUAGCAAAGCCUUUUUCAAGAUAAGGAAGUUACCCCAGAGUGAAGUCCCAAAGCUUUUUACCGUACUUUGGUUUGGGGAGGUUAGCAUUAGGAUCCCCGUUUCCUGCCUUUAGCCAAGGACCAGGACAGCCCAUAAUCCUCAAGGUCAUUCCACAGUUAUUUUUUAAACUGCCCCAAGCUCAAGCCUGCAGACCCCAAUGCCUGGUGAAGACAGGUAACUCGCCUCGGGGAAUCUUGGGAUGUGGAGAUGCUUCCCUCCUCGAGACACUGAAGGCUGCCUGCCAGUUCUGAAGCCUUGCCUAGGGUUGCCCAGGGUGCCCUUCACCGGCCAUCAACAUCAAUUCCUGUUCAUCACUUUACAGGUUUGGGGGGGGAAUUUACACUUCAGAGCUUCCCAUUACUGCUUAUAAGGGGGGUCCUUCCAGCUCCGCCGGAUCACGUGGUAGUAGCAAAAGGCUAUUAGGCAAACCGCAGGAAUCUAGCACCAGACUGGCUAAAUGAGAUUUUUAAAGGGCUGCCAUGGUUACAGAUCCAGAAACUCUGCUUGACCCCCCCUGAAAAAUGUCAACUCAUUUCCCUAAGUUUCAAAAGUCUUCUUAGGCUUCUUCUUCACCCUCUACAAAUGACUGGCCCAGGAAUUGGUUCACAAGCUCUGUGGGGGGAAAUCAAAUCAUGAUGGCAGUAGCAGAUUCCUAAAAUUAAUUAUUUCCAGCCUAUUCUGCAUCCAACUGCUUUUGGUCCUUUCUGCAGAAGCAGCUGAUGGUGCAGUGGAAAGAUGACAUUGUGACUGGAGAGGAAGCCCCGAGUUCAAAUUUGACCUCAGACACUUAUUAGCUCUGACCCUGGGUGAGUCAUUUCACCUCUGUUUUCUACAGUUUCUUCAACAGUAGAAUGAGGCUAAUAAUAGCAGCUACCCUCCCCGGGAUGUGGCAAGGAUCAAAAGAGCUAAUAUUUGUAAAAAGCACUUGGCACCAUGCCGGGCAUGCCCCAGAGGCUGCAGAAACGCUCGCUCCUUUCCUUUCUCCUCCAGCUGGGGUGCCUGGGGAGGACCGAGGAAAUGAAUUGAUCAAACAGAAACAAAGUUGAGCUUAUCAAAUCGGGCAAAGUCUGAGAGCCUGAAGAGGGAAAACACAAGCUGGUUCUUUCUCCCCAUCAAGAUUACUCUUACCAAAGAGAACGGCCCCCGUUGGUGCCGGGUUCCAGGGGGAGCCCCGGUGCCAUAAGCAGUCAGGAAUUCCUUCAUCACCUGAUUCAGGAUGGAAAGUCACUUCUUUCCUGUUACCCAUCUCGCAGUGGUGGCACACUCCAAGAGGAGGCCACCCACCCCUGCUGUGGCUCUGGCCACGGAUGAACUUGGCUUUCAACUGUAAUAUUAUCCAGAUUUUAUUGAAUUUUUAUUUUGUAUGGGAUCAUAUUUAUUUUGUUAAAUAUUUCCCAAUUAUUCUUUAAUCUGGUUCGCCUCCCCACCAGCCCAGCCACAUCUUUGGCCCUGGUGGCUCUGGGCUGCCUCUAUUUAUCCUCUUCUCUUUUUGGAGCUUGCUUGGAGUAAUAAGCAUGCUCUUUCCCAAGCUGCAUAAAAUGGAAGGAGUCUUUAAACACAUGAAGGGAGCUAAGUUUCAGAAUAAAUCCUUUGACAACUCUGUGGAA